AUGUCUAACUCCAUCAUGAAUGAUGCGGGCAUGAGCUUGAGAAAAUGGGCCUCAAACGACAAGCACGUGCAGCACAUAAUGAACGAAGUGGAAGCAGAUGCAGUACCGGCAGACAGGAACCUUAAGCUGUCCAGAGCUUCCAAGGUGCUGGAAAUGAUUUGGCACAAGGACCGUGACAGUUUCAGCGGGGAUUUGGCAAAGCAGCUGGAGCUUGUAGAUGCCAAGGUGGAGGAAGUGGACACCCUGAAGGAGAAGUUUGAAGCACCUCAGCUUGAACUCGGAAGGUUUUCUGCCGAGUAUUGCAUCUUGCAGGAUGUCCUUCUUCAAGAAUAUGGCGAGGACUUGCCGGUAGUUGAGAAUGAUUCCGAACAACGAGAGUUCAGUGCCUUUCAGUACAUCAAGAAGCUGCUGGACAUCGCAAAACGCAAAAGAGAGGCCCUGGAAAACCAGCUUGCUAAAAAAGAAGAGCAGUUCAAUCUACUUCAGCAAAACUAUCAGUACUUAGAGGACCGGUACCAGUGGCCGUUACAAGAUCUCGCGGCGUUUGUCCGGAGCAUCAUCGGGGCAUUUGUCCAGAGGAUCAUCGAGCACACCAACCAGUCGUCAGAAGCUGCAGUGUCUCUUGAAGCAAGUCAGCUGGAAGACUUGAACUGUCUGUUGGCAGUGCUUCAGGAACGGGUCAAAUCCUUGACAGUUAGGAACGAGCCCCUCGCUCAAGAAAGUCAGCAGCGGAAAUCAUUUUGUGAAGAUGCGAGUGAAAAAAUUAGAUGCGUGUCUUAUGAAAGCCGCCUCUGGCAGCAGAGACACGGAAAGGUGGCCGAGACUUUGAGAGAGAGAGAGAAUGUUGUUAAGCGUCACAAUUCGUCGCAAACAGAAGCAGACGGAAGCUCCAUUACCGAGAAGGCAGAAACAGAGUGCGACAGAGUGGACGAGAAAGUCAGUAGCCUCCUAAAACGCAACGGAAAGCUAGAAAUCGAUGCCGACGUUUUGCGGUCAGAACUUUCCAGCCCGGAGGAGCAAGGCGAGAUGCUCGUCAGCGACAACAAACAUUUUCAACAGCUAGCAGAGAACUUAGAACAGGCACGACAUUGCCUCGAGGAGGAGCUGAAGACUCUGUGCAAGCAGCACGUCAGGGCCACCAAGGAGAUGGAGAACGAGCACAGCACUGCGCUGGACGUAGCGGCCAAGUGUGAGGCAGCACUACGCAGGAACCAGCAGGAAGAGUUUCACGCGGCAGCCCGAGAGAAACACAGCUUGGAGGACAGGUGCGCACAGCUCACAGAAGAGUGGGCAACAGCCAGACGAGCUCUCGCAGUCUUCGAGGAGAAGCAGGGCGCAGUGGGACAAAAGACCCGGCAGGAGCUGCAAGAGCUGUGGCAAGCAAACCAGCAGUUGCAAGAGCGCUUUCGCUGCCUCAAGGACAAGCAUCUCAAGGCUGAAGAACGGUUGGUACAGGCGCCAAACCAAAAACUGGGAGCCUCGAUGGAACAUGUCACCGAGGACACUGGGGGCGCAACCGUUACCACAUCAAAGAAGCACAUGGAACAGCAGAAACAAAUACAGCUGCUGAAAACUAUUUCCCUACAGCCUCAAACGAAGCUGCUGAAGACUAUGUCCCUACAGAAUCAAACGACGAAUCACUUGAAAACAUUUCCACGUCUACAAGGUCAACAGAAUGGCCAAAAAACAACAAGAAGCGGACGCGUCGUGGUGAAGCCGCUACGAUACAGGGACUGA